CUCAGUCGUAGCCUCGCGAGAGUCUGACUACUUCCGGGAAGCGCUUCACAGCCGGGAAGGAAGGCGGCGGGGAGGAGGCAGCGGCGGCUUCUUGCCUCAGGCGGCAAGAAGCCGUUGGAGCCUGAGCCGGACUGCAGGCUUCAAGAAAAUGUCGCUGUACGACGACCUGGGAGUGGAGACCAGCGAUUCCAAAACAGAAGGCUGGUCCAAAAACUUCAAGCUCUUGCAGUCCCAGCUGCAAGUGAAGAAGGCGGCUCUUACCCAAGCCAAGGUACAGAGUCAGAGGACAAAGCAAAGCACAGUUCUUGCUCCUGUGAUUGACCUAAAGCGAGGCAGUGCUUCCGACGAGCGACAGAUCGUAGAUACCCCACCUCACGUGGCAGCUGGCCUGAAAGAUCCUGUUCCCAGCGGCUUUUCUGCAGGAGAUGUAUUGAUUCCUUUGGCUGAUGAGUACGAUCCUAUGUUCCCCAAUGAUUAUGAGAAAGUAGUAAAGCGCCAGCGGGAAGAACGGCAAAGACAGCGUGAGCUGGAGAGGCAGAAAGAAAUCGAAGAAAGAGAGAAGAGGCGCAAAGACAGACACGAGGCCAGUGGCUUUUCAAGGCGGCCAGAUCCAGAUUCAGAUGAAGAUGAAGAUUACGAAAGGGAGAGACGGAAAAGAAGUAUGGGAGGAGCUGCCAUCGCACCGCCUACUUCUUUGGUUGAGAAGGAUAAAGAACCCGUACCAUCAUCGUAUGAAGAAGAGCCAAGGCCUCGUGGUUCAUCGUCCAAAGCUGCCAUUCCUCCCCCCAUGUAUGAUGAGCCCGAAAGACCUCGAUCCCCGACAGGACCUAGCAAUUCCUUCCUUGCUAAUAUGGGGGGCACGGUGGCGCACAAGAUCAUGCAGAAGUACGGCUUCCGAGAGGGCCAGGGACUGGGGAAGCAUGAGCAGGGCUUGAGCACGGCCCUGUCGGUGGAGAAAACGAGCAAGAGGGGUGGAAAAAUCAUUGUUGGCGAUUCCGCUGAUAAAGCAGAUGCAUCGAAGAAGUCAGAUUCAAAUCCCUUAACAGAGAUAUUAAAGUGCCCUACCAAAGUGGUUCUGCUACGGAAUAUGGUUGGAGCUGGGGAGGUCGAUGAAGAUCUUGAAGGUGAAACCAAGGAGGAGUGUGAAAAAUAUGGCAAAGUGGGGAAGUGUGUCAUCUUUGAGAUUCCAGGUGCUCCUGAUGAUGAAGCUGUGAGAAUAUUUUUAGAGUUUGAGAGGGUUGAAUCUGCAAUUAAAGCGGUUGUAGACCUGAAUGGAAGAUACUUCGGAGGACGAGUGGUGAAGGCGUGUUUCUACAACCUGGAUAAAUUCAGAGUCUUGGACCUUGCCGAACUAGCCUGAUUUGACAUUUUCCUAAAAGCCAAACAUGGAUGUAUCACAUCUGGCAUCUCGCAAGUUUCAGCUGCAUGCUGAGAGUGGAGUGAGCGGAAGCAUUUCCGGCAAACUGGAAAUAAGUCUGAAUGGAUUUCUCCUACUCGUUGUGAUGGACACAGUUUCUUUCCUUUUUUUAUUAUUAUUUUAUUGUAGUGUGCAUUUCCUUAAAGAUGUGACCUGUUUUUCUUUCAAGAUCCAA